AUGCACGAUGCAGAGAGAGACACAUCUAUCCUGUUCAUCCUAAUUAGAAGCUGUUUGUUUUACAGCAAAAAGCUGCAGGAGGCCUUGUCUCGUUACAUCACAGAUACGCUCACCUACAUCCACACGGUGAGGGAGUUCUGUGGGAGGUUCUCUAAAUGGACGCUCAGGAGGGAGACGGAGUUGCAAAUGAUGAUGGACAUCAAAGACAGAGCUGAUAAAAUCAGCUUGGACCUGAGCCAUUUCACACAGUCGGAGGACAAAGGAAAGGCCUUCGUGGAGUACAUGGGAAACAAGUUCACUCAGUUCAAUGCAGACAGCAAGCGCAAGGAGCUGGAGGAGGAGCUGGCCGCAGUGUUGAAGGAUGUGCUGGGAGGUCUGGAGAAGCUGGACUGCUUCCUGGACGUGGUGGAGAAGCUGGCUGUCACCUCUCUGCACGUGUUCACGGAGAACGACAUGUUGAACCUCCCUGAAGAAAUCAGCCUGGAUCACGUUCAGGCCGUCAUCGCCGCUGCGCGACGCAUCUGUCCGCUGCUCCUGGAGUUCAAGAGAGACGCAAGCGUCUUCUUCCUCCGCAGACUUCAGAACGCCGACGUCAUGGCCUACCAGCUGGACCGAUACGUCCAGACCAGCAGGAAAAUCUGUGAGAAGAUGGAGAAGAGCUGCUUCAGUGACUUCAGCCUGAAGACGGUCCAGGAGGUGGCGGUGGAGCUCAGACGGGGUCUGACUGAGAGGAACAUACGGCAGAUGCUUGAUCACAUCAAUCAGCUGGAUGACAUCAGGAUGGACACACACUUCCGGAUGGUGUUCUUGUUCCAGGAGGACUCGUAUCACAGUUUCAUGAAAGAGUUCAGCGAGCGCCAGCCCAGGAUGCUGCGGUCGCUGACCGAGCUGGAGGGAAACGCGGUUCAGUUGGACCGGAUGAGUAAAGGAGCGAAGAUCUCCAGCGUGGCGGGCAGCUCGGUGGGCGUAGUCGGGGGCGUGCUGUCCAUCGCCGGUCUGGCGCUGAUCCCUGUCACAGCGGGAGUGUCUCUCGCUCUGACCACGACCGGCCUCGGCUUGGGGGUCACCAGCGGGGUCAACAGCAUCGUCACGACCGCCACCCAAGUGGGAGUCAACCACACGCAGCAGAAGAAAGCCGGGGAAGUCCUCCAAAGCUUCAUGGAGGAUGUGACGAAACUCCAGGACUCUCUGGAUGAGGUGACCAGACAAGCCAUCUCGAGCAGGUUAGAUCUGGCUUGGGGCGUGGGAAAGCUGCUCUUUAAGGUUUUUACCGUUGCCAGAGGCAUCGAUUCCUUCGUAGACGGGUGCUUGGCUGUCGAGGUGUUGAAGAGUGAAGAACUGAUCUCCGGUGCUGGUAAAGUUCUGGCUCAGGAGGAUAAAGCUCUACGUAACGUCCCGUGGGUGGCCUCGGACAUCCCAGAAGUUGGGCAGGCAGCCGCCGAAGGGUCUCUGGCUGCCUCCCAGACGGUCAGAGCCGGCCUCAUCGCGGCCAAUGGCCUCUUCAUCGGGAUGGACAUCUUCUUCAUCUGCAAGGACAGCAUUAGCCUGGCCAAAGGCAGCGAGACCAAGGUGUCGCAGUUCAUCAGGGCCCGAGCCGGUCUCUGGUGCUCAGAGAUGAGCUCGUGGAAGAAGAUCUACAACUCCCUGUGUGAAGGGCUGCUGACGUCGGGGAAGAAGGAGGCGGUCCUGGAGACGCCGUUUUAUCGGGAUGCUGCGCCGGAGAACCAGAGAGAGAGGAACGUCAGACUCGGGAGGUGGAGAAAAAACGGAAGGAAAAAAAGGGCUUUCACAAAGCGUGCAAAGCAGCAGCCGCCAGCAGCUUUCCCAUUCAUUGUUAAUGUGCUGCCGCCGUGCAAGGGCGCCGGCUCCUUGUAUCCCGUCUGCCCCAAAGCCGGUUCCUUGUAUCCCGUCUGCCCCGAAGCCGGCUCCUUGUAUCCCGUCUGCCCCGAAGCCGGCUCUUCGUAUCCCGUCUGCCCCUAA